UUGAAAAGCGAGUCGAGAGGAACGAAAGUUUGGAUGACUUGGAGGUUGGGAAUCACCCCUGCUGAGUGGCAUCAGUUGGGUCACGUGACUAAAACCACCCCAUCCAUUUAGCGAAUAAGCAGAAAGGAGGUGCAGAAAGUGAAAGGAAGAUUUUUCAGUAGUUUCUUUCGAACCUUCUUCCUCGAACGAAGAGGAACUUUCUUCAGUUUCCUCUAAGCACGAAAAAUCUUCUCAUCCUCGUUGCCUUGGAAACGGCAUCACUUUUCCCUCUCUUCAUAAUGGCAGGGAUGCUGUAGGUAAAUAAAGUUAUAUUACACCGAACUUCAACAUAGCGAAAACUUCAAUACUGAUGGUGCUACGGCAGUGACCAAAAUUCAAGCUAAGGAACUAGGACUAAAAUAUUGGCGGUGUUUUUAGCUGCAGCGAGAUUUCGCUGUUUGCCAACGCCGCCUCACUUUCUUAACUUCCAUGGCUAAUCGGACUUACCUUGAAAAUAGUUUAUCAACGAUUUUCCAAGUUGCAAACUCAACUCUUUCCACAUUAGAAAAGAAUUGCACAAGCUCAAGUCAUUCUUUUCAAAACAGGACCGAGUCCUGGGUGAUACCUCUUGUUGUGAUAUGUACUUUGAAUGUUGUUGCCAUUUUGAUAUUUGAAGUUUACGUUUUAUAUAAAUCUUGCGGUGGUCGCCGUCAUCUGUUUCUAGGGCAAAUUCUUCUUCUUGGACUCCUGUUAAGUUCUUUGGUUGGAUUUGCCUUUGUUCCUACACCGAACUGGUUCACGUGCGCCUUAACUAGGACUGGAGUUGGAAUCGCUUCUGUUAUAGUGUUUGCCACACUUCUCGUAAAAUGUGUCUUCUUGUUAAGUUUACAUAUUGGUGUAUAUCUGAGUGCAGCAUAUCAAGGUUUGCUUCUAUUCUUCGCUGUUGCAGUCCAAAUUGUCAUUGCAGUGCAAUGGUUAAUUUACAGACCAGCUUCUCUUGUAAUCGUGGACCAGCUAACUUGCAAUGCUAGAUGUGCAGCUCCAUCCUCUGACAUUGUAGCUUCAUUAGCAUACAAUAUGCUACUAAUGUUAGGGGUUGGCAUACUAGCUGUGCGUGCUAGAACAGUUCCAGAAAACCAUCACGAAUCUCGGUUCAUCGGCAUAGCCAUCACUAUAUGUAUUCCAUUGUGGGUUGCUUGGAUUGUUGCAUCCAGCGUUUCAUCAAUACAGCAUCAUGAUCCAUGCCUCGCAUUUGGUAUUGUCCUGACUGCCAGUAUAGUAUUUUUAGUGAUGUUCCUGCCCAAAGCCCGACAACUGUCUGUAAUGGGACGAAACGGUUUUUAUACAGACGAUGGUUUUUCUUCAGUAAAUCAGUCCAUCUACACACCAUCUUUUUUGCAUUUGAAGCCACCAAUAUUGCCUUUUGUCAAGCAAGGAACCCUCGUAAAACCACUUACAUCAAGUUUUCCAACUCAUGCAGAGCGUGGUUAUUUUGUACCUCCUCUUCAACAUGCUUCUCGUUUAUGGCGUUACAGUCAUCAUCCAGCAACUCUUCAAAUUCAACCACCCCUCCAUCCGUCACCAGAAGAUAUCUAUUUGCCAAAUGAAAGAUACCUUUUUGCUCCUCCUGCCAUGAAAUUGUACAGAUCUCCACUUUAUUAAAAGAACAUUAGAGAGUUCCAUGUGUAGCUGAGGUCAGUCGAUUCGUCCAUAUACCAAGCACUUGUUAAAAAAGCAUGGUUGUUGUUUGUAUACUGAUAUUGUUUUCAUAAUUUUUAUAUUGGUUUUUUGAAUAAAUUCCAUAUGCAUCUGUU